UGAUCAUCUGGGCUGUGAUCCUCAAACACGAUUCUUUGUCCCUCCCAAUAUCAAACAGUGGAUUGCCUUGCUGCAGAGGGGAAAUUGCACAUUUAAAGAGAAAAUAUCACGGGCUGCUUUCCACAAUGCAGUCGCUGUGGUCAUCUACAAUAAUAAGUCCAAGGAGGAGCCAGUCACCAUGACUCAUCCAGGCACUGGAGAUAUUAUUGCUGUCAUGAUUACAGAAUUGAGGGGUAAGGAUAUUUUGAGUUAUCUGGAGAAAAACAUCUCUGUACAAAUGACAAUAGCUGUCGGGACUCGAAUGCCGCCAAAGAACUUCAGCCGAGGCUCUCUAGUCUUCGUGUCAAUAUCCUUUAUUGUUUUGAUGAUUAUUUCUUCAGCAUGGCUCAUAUUCUACUUCAUUCAGAAGAUUAGGUACACAAACGCACGCGACAGGAACCAGCGUCGUCUUGGAGAUGCAGCCAAGAAAGCCAUCAGCAAGUUGACAACCAGAACAGUGAAGAAGGGUGACAAGGAAACAGAGCCAGAUUUUGAUCAUUGUGCCGUCUGCAUAGAGAGCUAUAAGCAGAAUGAUGUUGUCCGGAUUCUGCCCUGCAAGCAUGUUUUUCACAAGUCCUGUGUGGAUCCCUGGCUUAGUGAACAUUGUACCUGUCCUAUGUGCAAACUUAAUAUUUUGAAGGCCCUGGGAAUUGUGCCAAAUUUGCCAUGCACUGAUAACGUAGCGUUUGAUAUGGAAAGGCUCACCAGAAACCAGGCAGUUAACCGAAGAUCAGCCCUAGGUGACCUCGCCAGCGACAACUCCCUUGGCCUCGAGCCACUUCGAACUUCGGGGAUCUCGCCUCUUCCUCAGGAUGGAGAACUCACCCCUAGAACAGGAGAGAUCAACAUCGCAGUAACAAAAGAAUGGUUUAUUAUUGCCAGUUUUGGCCUCCUCAGUGCUCUCACACUCUGCUACAUGAUCAUCAGAGCCACAGCUAGCUUGAAUGCUAAUGAGUGGUCACUUCUUUCAUCGGACCUCUUUGUCCCCUCGAAGCCUGGUGUAUGAGAGUGAAUUCUCCACAAUUGAACCUUCUUUGGACAUGUAUGAUGAGAACAAAACCUGACUUUUUUUAAAUGGGCUGUUGGGGGUCACCUCUUUUGUGAUUUGAUUUAUGAUCACCUUUCUUAUUUUGUAUUCUGUCAGCAUCCGUUUUGGAAGAAUGGCAGCGCUUUCUAAGCACAGGUUGGGGCUCGGGGUUAAAAUGCAAAGUUCCCCUCAAGGCUUUGAGGACAGCAUUAUUGCCCAGGUGACCUGAUGGCACCAAAAACGUGCCCAAAGCUGGCCACUGAACAUGGGCCCCAACAAGCUUGGCUGUUUGCAGAGAAGAGGUAGGCCGGGGUUAAUGUUACAUUGCAAACAUGUCUGAAUAAUCACAUGCUAUCUAUGUCAGGGUGACGCUGGCAUUUUUAAAAUACCUUUGUGCUCCCCACUUACAAUGUAUACUAAAGCCUGCAGGCGUGCUUCUUACUGACAUGGCACAAAUUGCUGCUGUGUGGCCCGCUCUGUGUUUUCCUGUCUCUUAUUCUACUUCCUGUUAAAGGGCCUCUUUCUAAAGGUUCCUAAGAGAAAGUCUCACCUUUUGUACCUCCUCUGAGACUGACCACCUAGAGCACCACAAUGGGGCUGCAGGUGGGCUGAGCAAGACAGGCAGCCGUCCUCAUUGUCAUAGAGCAUGAUGUAAGGUGACAUGUGUUUAUGUGACCACCAAAACACUGAAGACCUUGUCCCUGAGGCCUAUGGACCUCUCAGCUUGGCAGCUACUGUGGUGUAUGGGGAGGUAGCACCCGGGAGGCCAGGCCAGUAAUGAUCUCAGGGUGACGGCCAGUGGGUGUCAAAAUCAGAAUGGAACCAAGUGCUUUCUUAAGAAGAUUGAACCACCUCCUUGCAGUUAGACACCCAAUAAGCACCCUCUUCGGACUUCACUGGUCCACCGACCUCGGCAUCAACAUGGAGAAGGCAUGGGAGCUUACAGAAAAAGACAUUGAGGCCCGCAUAGGGCACAUCUGGGACACACAUGCUUUUCCCACACACUUGAGAUGACAUCAAGUUAACAUCACAGGAAACGCGUAUCGUAAGAGUAUUUCCAACGUCGAACCAUGAUUAGCAAACUUAUUAAACAAAUCUAGGUGUCCCUUUCGGUGAAGGGCAUGCACCACAGUUGAGCCUGCUUCACCUAUCCACGUGAGCUACGCGGAGCUGCGAAUGCGCUCAGACCCUCAUAUCCUUGUUAUGAGAGUGGACACUUCGGUCCCCGUGUGCCUAGAGUCAGAUCAGCAGCAAACCACGCGGACCCACAUAUCCCCUACCCUGCUGUUUUUAUCGACUCUGUAGAAGUUUGAGGAGAGCACUUGCCAUGUUUCCACAUGCACUGGCUUCUUUUAACGACGUCUCUUCUCCUGAUGUGUUGCUAAGAUGCCUCAGACACCGUGUGCUCAGAACAAAAACCCUCAGAGAAUCAAGGUGGUGGCAGCCUUGACAAUUGUCUCCAGCAACAUUUUGUUUUUAAUUAUUUGAGGCCAGAACAGUGCAGAUUUUUAAGGUCUUAGCAGCUUUUUCUUUUUGCCUUUAACUGAGGGCUUUUGUUUGUUUCCUUUCUUAUGGUCUUUGUACUAUAAAAAUAUUUUUGAUAAAAAACAGUUUCAAGAGAGCACUGUUCAGAGACAAGUUUGCCACUGGCUUUGCGGUGACAGAAUGGAGUCAAGGAGAUUAAACCUGAUCUGCCGUGGGUGCCAGAUGCCACCUGCGUUUGAGUUUGGUUUGGCUCAUUCCCCAGGGAAGAUGGCCGGUCUGGCCACAUUGUCCUGAUCACCACCUUGCUUUCCUGAACUAGAACUCGGAUCCCAGCGCAGAGUUUUCUUCUGAUUUGUGCAGUCUUACAAAAGCAUAUACAUUAAAUUUCACUCAAGACAUUCCUUUACUGAAAAGAAAAUAAUAAGAAAUGAAAACUCCGGGUACCUAAAAAUCCACUUAUUGAUAUAAUAUUUGAAUUUCUGGUAAAUCUAGGGUACAUAUUCCCUGUUGAGGCAUUUCUUGUGGGCAGUUCACUCAGAAUAGUGCUUCGGAUCCCAGCUUGACACCCUUUUCCUGAGAAUCGGGGCCACAGAAUGUCUUGCCUUGUCAGCAGGGACAAUAACUUCUCCAUGAAGGUCAUAUACUUCUGGAAUAGCACGAGUGGCGUGAUUUGUCUCAAAUAACAGCCUCUUUGCUGGCAGCUGUGCUGAGAGAAAACCUGCCAAGCCACCUAGGGACCCUGGCAGGGGACAGGACACCAGGGCUGCUUGCAUGUGAGCUUCGCGAAGACACACUUCAUCAGGGGCACCCCUGCCUCUGAGAAUCUCAAGAUAUUAUUGGCCAUGCAAGCGUGGUUGGGGGUGCGGAGAGGCGUUUUUUUCUGCAAUGUGUGAGCAUCUCGGUUGCAAGUCUUAUAGCCAUGGUGAUUAUUACCCAGGAAAUGUAUGAUAACCUUUGAUCGUUUUGGAAUUGAAUGGGGGGACUAUAUAAAGAAUGGAAGAGACAAAGGAGUGAGCUGCUUAGGCUACAGACCCUCUGUCCCUCCAGUGGCCUGCUCUGAGAUGGGCUCUAGCCCCUCUGCCUGGCACAGUUCCACUUUGUCUCCAGGCCAGGCUGGGCACAGAACUGGCAGCAUGCAUCACAGGACACAUGUAGAGUGGCAGCAUGCAUCACAGGAAUUGGUCAUGAGAGUUAAAAUGCAAAUGCCUACAAUUUGGUGAUUUUUAACUUCCUAAGGGAAGAUCCUCCUUUCCUGUUAUUUCAGGGAGAGAGGAGAAGCAGCUGGCAGGAAAACACCUAAGCCAUCUGCAGUAGGGGGGCCAGGCUUGGGUGUCAGUGGGCUGCCUGCCCCUGCCCUCUAAGGGGAAUACAAGCUCUACUACCAGAUGGUUAAAAACACCUUUCAAAGUCUAGUGAACCCUGCUGUUUAAGAAAGGCUCCGUUCCCCUGCCCUUCCUCAGGCCUGCCUCAGAGAACAUCUCCGAGGCACUUCCCUAAACCAGCUUGGACCCGGGGCCAAGCCCACACCUGCCACCUGCCCCAGUGCACGCAACAGCCCAGCUUCCAAAAGAUGUGGUCGCCAAGUGUUUAAACAAAACAAGAUUACUAAAUUUAACUAACUUGA